UCUUCAACUUCUUCCUCUUUCCACCCCUUUCUCGCUCUCUGUACCUUACCUGGUCUCGGCGUCCGACCCUGCUUGGACCAGGUCCUCUCCUUCUCUCUCUCUCCCCCUCUCUCACAACUCUCAAUUUCAGCUCGACACCUUCCGGAGUCGGAGAGGAAACUAAGGUACAGAGAAGCUCCAUAAAAGCCAUGGCUCAGCCCACCAACACGGCGGAUCUGAAUCAGCACCAGCAUCAGCAGCAGUGGACGACGCAGCAGCCGCAUCACUAUCAGCAGCAGUGGAUGUCUAUGCAGUACCCUGCUGCCGCCAUGGCCAUGAUGCAGCAGCAGAUGAUGAUGUAUCCACAACAUUACAUGCCUUACGUCCACCAUUAUAUGCCUCCUCACCAGCAGCAGCUCAAGCCGCAGCCAUACCAGCAGCAGCAGCAGCAGAAGCAAGGGUCGUCCGAUGAGAUCAGGACUAUAUGGCUUGGUGACCUUCAUCACUGGAUGGAUGAGAACUACCUCCAUAACUGUUUUGCUUAUACAGGCGAGGUUGUAUCAGCCAAGGUUAUACGAAAUAAGCAAACUGGCCAGUCAGAGGGGUAUGGAUUUGUUGAGUUCUAUUCGCGUGCAACCGCUGAGAAAGUUUUGAACAGCUCCAGUGGUACUAUGAUGCCAAAUACCGAUCAGCCCUUUCGUCUAAAUUGGGCUACUUUCAGCGCGGGUGAUAGGAGAUCUGAAGCUACGUCUGAUCUGUCUAUAUUUGUUGGGGACCUGGCUGUAGAUGUUACUGAUGCUAUGCUGCAUGAAACCUUCGCUGGCAGAUAUACAUCUGUAAAGGGAGCCAAAGUGGUCAUUGAUUCAAAUACUGGCCGUUCAAAAGGUUACGGUUUUGUAAGGUUCGGUGAUGAAGCUGAGAGGUCCAGGGCCAUGACUGAAAUGAAUGGAUGCUAUUGUUCUAAUCGGCCUAUGCGUAUAGGUGUUGCAACGCCAAAGAAGUCCCAUGGGUAUCAACAACAAUAUUCUUCCCAAGCUGUAGUAUUAGCUAAUGGACAUUCAUCUAAUGGAGCUACUACACAAGGUUCCCAGCCUGAAGGGGACUCAAAUAACACAACUAUUUUUGUUGGGGGUCUUGAUUCUGAUGUUAGAGAUGACGAUCUUAGACAACCAUUUUUGCAAUUUGGUGAGGUUGUCUCGGUCAAAAUACCUGUGGGUAAAGGUUGUGGUUUUGUUCAAUUUUCUGACAGAAAGAAUGCUGAGGAAGCGCUUCAAGCAUUGAACGGGACUGUGAUUGGGAAGCAGACCGUACGUCUUUCUUGGGGCCGUAGUCCUGGAAAUAAGCAUUGGAGGACAGAUUCCAAUGGAGGACACUAUGGAAGCCAGGGGUUUGCCAUGAGACAAAACCAGGAAAUCAGUAUGAACGGUGCUGCUGCAUUUCAAGGGGCAUCCUGAUAGGGGGGGCACAACUGCAAACCAAUCCCAUCAAACUCAAAAACCAGAAAAAAAAAAAAAAGACAAUAUAUUUAUUGCUCUCCAAGCAAAUUUGUAGCUUGGUGAGUUUUAUAUUUGGGCUGUAUUGCUAUGUGAGGUUCUUUAGACUGUACUAUUAUCUUUAAAAUUUUGGAGUGUGCCUGACACAUUAUAUGGCGAGGAGAUCAUUUCUUCUUGACCCUUAAAUAUAUCUGAGGAGAUUGGAACAUA